GAAGUUCGACAACCUACUUCACUUUUACUUGACCCUUCGUUGUAGCCAGAAAGUAUAAGUUUAUGCUCUUCUUUGGGUGUGAAGUAAGAAAAAGAGCUAUCUAGAGACUGUGCAGCAUUUUUCCAGCUCAGCUAAUCUUUAAACAAAAAAGGUGCGGUACUCGUGAAGAUCAAAGUCAUGGCGAAUCCAGAAGCAGCUGCAAAACUGAAAGCAAAGAAUACCUUCCCUACUCUCCUCAACGAUCCCAAAUGCAACCCCAAAAGUCUGCUCAAGAAGUACUUGACUCCCAAAGUCUUCGACUCACUCAAGAACAAGAAGACCAAGCUUGGUAUUACCUUGUGGGAUUGCAUCAAUUCAGGAGUGGCCAAUCUCGACUCUGGAGUCGGUGUCUAUGCAGGUGAUGGGGAGUCAUACACACUCUUUGCUCCCUUGUUCGACGCCAUCAUUGAAGACUACCAUAGUCCUUACAAACUUGCAAAUGGCCACAACUCAGAUAUGAACCCAGAGCGUGUCGAGGCCCCAGAUCUGGACCCUGCCAACAGGUACAUCCGAUCAACAAGAAUUCGCGUGGCUCGAAGCCUUAAAGGCUAUGGCUUAGCUCCAGGCGUUACCAAGGCUCACCGCCUAGAAAUCGAAAAGAAGGUUGUUGGAGUACUGACAUCUUUGACUGAAGAUUUGGCAGGGAAAUACCACCCACUGUCUGGCAUGGAUGAGAAGACGAGGCAACAACUGGUAGACGACCAUUUCUUGUUUAAGAAAGGUGAUCGAUUUUUAGAAGCUGCUGGAGUCAACAAGGAGUGGCCUGAAGGAAGAGGAAUCUUCCACAACAAUGACAAGACCUUCCUCGUAUGGGUCAAUGAAGAAGAUCAUUUGCGUAUCAUCAGCAUGGAGAAAGGAAGCGAUAUUGGGUCAGUGUUCAGCAGACUUUGCCGUGCUGUCAAUGAGAUUGAUAAAAAGUUGGGCUUCCAACAUACCAAGAAGCAUGGUUACCUGACAUCAUGCCCAUCAAACCUUGGAACAGGAAUGCGGGCUAGUGUCCAUGUCAAGAUUCCCCAUGCUAAAGAGCACCCUGACUUCGAAAAUAUCCUAACAAAGUACCACAUACAGGCCCGUGGUAUUCAUGGCGAGCACUCAGAGUCAACUGGCGAGGAUGCUGGUGUUUAUGACAUUAGUAACCGUCGACGCUUGGGUCUUUCUGAGGUUCAGUGUGUUCAAGAUAUGUACGAUGGUGUCAAGGCCUUAAUGGAGUUGGAGAAGGAAGCAAUUGAAAAGAAACGUUCAGUGUUUCCUGAAGUUCUCAAGAACCCUGAGGUUAAAUCGCUACUACGAAAGUACCUCACCCCUGAAUUGUUCGAUUCCUUGAAAGACAAGAAAACAGCCAAAGGAAUUUCCAUUUACGACUGCAUCAACUCAGGCGUCGAGAACCUGGACUCAUCCUGUGGUGUGUAUGCUGGAGACGAAGAAUGCUACACUCUCUUUGCUCCACUGUUCGACAAGAUUGUCGAGGAUUACCACUCGCCGUACAAACUUGCCAACAAACAUACCUCUGAUAUGAAUCCUGAGAAAGUGGACGCGCCAAAUCUGGACCCCGAAGGAACGUAUAUUAGAUCCACAAGGAUCCGUGUUGCUCGUAACCUGAAAGGAUAUGCUCUAACACCAGGUCUCACAAGGAACGAAAGAUUGGACAUCGAGCGUAAGGUGGUUGGUGUGCUUUCCUCUUUGACUGGUGACUUGGGAGGCCACUACUACCCACUGACAGGAAUGGAUGAGGUUACCAGGCAGAAAUUGGUGAACGACCAUUUCCUGUUCAAGAAAGGCGAUCGCUUCUUGGAAGCUGCUGGAGUAAAUAAACUCUGGCCUGAAGGCAGAGGAAUCUUCCACAACAAUGACAAGACCUUCCUCGUAUGGGUUAAUGAAGAAGAUCAUUUGCGUAUCAUCAGCAUGGAGAAAGGAAGCGAUAUUGGAUCAGUAUUUAGCAGACUCUGCCGUGCUGUCAACGAACUAGACAAACAAUUAGGCUUUCAACACACUGAUGCUCAUGGCUAUUUGUCUGGUUGUCCCACCAACCUUGGAACUGGAAUGAGAGCAAGUGUUCACAUCAAGAUCCCUAAAGCCAGUGCCCACCCUGAUUUCCAGAAGAUCUGUAACGAAUACCACAUCCAAGCCCGUGGUAUCCAUGGUGAACACUCRGURUCYACUGGAGAAGAUGCUGGUGUAUUUGACAUCAGUAACCGUCGACGUCUUGGUCUGUCUGAAGUACAAUGUGUACAAGACAUGUACAAUGGAGUCAAGAAACUUUUGGAGAUUGAGAAGUCAUCCGAAUAGAAACAUUUUACAUUUACAAACAAACUUCGACAAAAAGUAUGACAUGUUCUUUUUGAAAUGAGUAAGAAGAUGUAAUUUUUUUGGCUUCUAGCAGGAGUGUGUUGACAUGUGUGUGUGUGUGUGUGCUCUGGCGUGUUUUUUGAUAUAUUUUUAAGACCGGAAUUUGAAGAAGAGGAAAAUAUGGAGAUUCGUUUAAUUUGGAGCAUCAGUAAUUUGAAAUUUUAUGAAUGCAUUAAAUAUAAAACCAUCUCUGAUA